AUGAAGCGCUUUCUUCCGCUAGGGGUUUUGAUUGGUCUGUGAGAGAGGUUACCUGGGAAUCCACCCCCUCCAGGGACUUUGAUAGGUGAGUUUGAGGUAGAAAACUGAGAAAUUCCCCUUCAAAGGAUUCUCAUUGGUGAGCGAGGGUAGUCCCCUAUGCUUCUCUCUUCUUUUUCUGCUUCGCAAGACUGGGGAAGGUUUGUGUUCCUGAAGCGUUGGGAGUUGUCACAGGCUAAAGAAAAAGGGAUCUCCUCGGUCCCUAAGAAGUGUCGUCUUCCUAGAGAUAGCUACCCCAUCUCAGGAGACCCUAGUAUUUCUAGAGCAGGCUUUGCUUUCACCAAACCCAAGGAGGUGACAGGAGGAGUCCCAGCACAAGACGUAAGGAUGCUGUGACCAGAAGAUGGGAUCACGGAACAGCAGCAGCGCAGGAACUGGGUCCGGAGACUCCUCCGAGGGCUUGCCCCGAAGAGGGGCUGGCCUGCGUCGGAGUGAGGAAGAGGAAGAGGAGGAUGAAGAUGUGGAUCUGGCCCAGGUACUGGCCUAUCUCCUUCGCAGGGGCCAAGUGAGGUUGGUGCAGGGAGGAGGUGCAGCAAAUUUACAACUCAUCCAGGCCCUCUCGGACUCGGAGGAAGAGCAUGACAGUGCCUGGGAUGGUCGUCUUGGAGACCGAUACAACCCACCUGUGGAUGCAACCCCUGACACCCAGGAGCUGGAAUGUAAUGAGAUCAAGACACAAGUGGAAUUGGCCACAGGUCGGCUGGGGCUUAGGCGGGCAGCCCGGGAGCACAGCUUUCCUCAAAUGCUGUACCAGAGAGAACGGGGCCUCUGCCACCGGGGAAGCUUCUCCCUUGGAGAACAGUCUCGAGUGAUGUCUCACUUCUUGCCCAAUGAUUUGGGCUUCACUGAUACCUACUCUCAGAAGGCUUUCUGUGGCAUCUACAGCAAAGAUGGUCAAAUCUUCAUGUCUGCUUGCCAAGACCAGACAAUCAGACUGUAUGACUGCCGGUAUGGCCGCUUUCAUAAAUUCAAGAGCAUCAAGGCCCGAGAUGUAGGCUGGAGUGUCCUGGAUGUGGCCUUCACCCCUGAUGGGAACCAUUUCCUAUAUUCCAGCUGGUCUGAUUACAUUCAUAUCUGCAACAUCUACGGGGAGGGAGACACACACACUGCCCUGGAUCUAAGGCCAGAUGAACGUCGCUUUGCUGUCUUCUCCAUUACUGUCUCCUCAGAUGGACGAGAAGUGCUAGGAGGGGCCAAUGAUGGCUGCCUGUAUGUCUUUGAUCGAGAACAGAACCGGCGCACCCUUCAGAUUGAGUCCCAUGAGGAUGAUGUGAAUGCAGUGGCCUUUGCUGACAUAAGCUCCCAGAUCCUGUUCUCUGGGGGUGAUGAUGCCAUCUGCAAAGUAUGGGAUCGACGCACCAUGCGGGAGGAUGACCCCAAGCCCGUGGGUGCACUGGCCGGACAUCAGGAUGGCAUCACCUUCAUUGACAGCAAGGGUGAUGCCCGGUAUCUCAUCUCUAAUUCCAAAGACCAGACCAUCAAGCUCUGGGAUAUCCGGCGCUUUUCCAGCCGGGAAGGCAUGGAAGCCUCACGCCAGGCUGCCACACAGCAAAACUGGGACUACCGCUGGCAGCAGGUGCCCAAAAAAGCCUGGCGGAAGCUGAAGCUCCCAGGGGACAGCUCCUUGAUGACCUACCGGGGCCAUGGGGUGCUGCACACCCUCAUCCGAUGCCGAUUCUCUCCCACCCAUAGCACUGGCCAGCAGUUCAUCUAUAGUGGCUGCUCCACUGGCAAAGUGGUUGUGUACGACCUCCUUAGCGGGCACAUCGUGAAGAAGCUGACCAACCAUAAGGCCUGUGUGCGUGAUGUCAGUUGGCACCCCUUUGAGGAGAAGAUUGUCAGCAGUUCGUGGGACGGGAACCUGCGUUUGUGGCAGUACCGCCAGGCUGAGUACUUCCAGGAUGACAUGCCAGAGUCUGAGGAUCACCCUAGUUCUCCUGCCUCAGUGCCCCACCCCUCUUCAGCCUUUUCCUCACCCCAGUAGAUCUGACCUCCAGCCCAUACAUGGCUGAACCUCUUGAUAAGUUCUCUGCCUUCUCUUCCUUUUCUCCCUUCUGGGGGAUCUUUGGGUAAUCAUUGGCAUUGGAUGGGGAGAAACAGAAGCCCAGGCUUUCGGGGGCCCUAACUGAGCCCUGGAAAAUCCUCCCCGUGGGUCUCCUCACAAUCCAACACCCCAUUCAGCUUGGGUCUCUAUCUCUGGCUGUGGUCUGGCAGGACUGCCAUUAUCUGGGGUGUGGCCUUUGUCAGCAAGAGAACUGUUCUGAGUGUUUUUAAUCAUGUUUGGAUGUUAGGUGUUAGUUCCUAGAGUAGAUGCCUGGGGCCAGAUCUGACCUGAGCUGUCAGCCAGGCCCAUUGCCCAGGCCUUCACAUUAAGGAUUAGACCGGCCAAUCAGAGGGCCAGGCAUCCUGGCCUUUCUUCCAGAGGUCCUGAUGGCUAGAGCUGUAGCCCUUUGGGGGAGGGUAAGGCUUGUCCUCAGCACCCUCCUGGGGUGGGAAUUAUAUCAUUUCUCUCCUGUGCCUGGGUCUUUGGGAUCCAACAGGCUGUGGUAUGAGAGGCUCCAUGUGGCCUCACACAGGACAUGCCCUCCCUCCCAGAGUGUUCUGCCUUGCAGAGGCCAGAAGCUUCAAGGAGCUCCUUCAAGUAGGACUCCUUCGUCCUCUCACUGGCUUUGGCUCCCUCAAUAAACUCUCUGUGGGAACCUG